UCCCGGAGUAUCAAUAUUCACUGACAGUUGAUAAUAAUCCAGUCGUUUAUUGCGAUGGGAGCAACAAGAUACUGGAUCUGAAGUAUGACUGGUUGAAGAAAUUAUUCCACGACGAACCUGACGUGAACCAUGGAUUUCGUUACAGAUGUUUUGAAUUUUGGCCAAACAAAACUAAAUCCAUUAUGAGUGAUGUGAAGAAGCUUUCAAGUCAACAAGAAAAAGGAGUCCAUAUUGUACAAUUGAGAGGUACCUGUGACUGGGAUGAGGAGACUCAGAAAGUUUCUUUUGUCCAACUAGUAGGUUAUGAUGGAGAAGACUUUUUAGAGCUGGAUUUUGAAACUCUGACAUGGAUCGCUCUACAACCACGUGCCAUACCAGUUAAACGGGUAGCAGACACUGAUGAAGUUGGAAUAAUGAUCCUUGAAAGGACAAUUACCAAGGAAUUCCCUGUGCUUCUUAAGCUAUUAUUGGACAAAGGGAAGAGCAUUCUGCUAAGAACUGAGCAUCCCUCAUUGUCUCUGCUGCAGAAGUCUCCUUCCUCUCCUGUCAGCUGCCACGCUACAGGUUUCUAUCCCAGCAAAGCCCUGAUGUUCUGGAGGAAAGAUGGGGAAGAGUUUCAUGAGAAUGUGGAUCAUGGAGAGAUCCUUCCAAACCAUGAUGGGACCUUCCAGAUGAGGGUUUACCUGGACAUUUCCUCAAUCAAUCCUGAAGACUGGAGGAGGUACGACUGUGUGUUUCAGCUUAUUGGCAAAGUGGAAAAAAUCAUCAAACUGGAUGAAGCAACUCUAAGAAUCAACAGAGAGAGCCCCAGCAACAUAUCCCUCCCCAUCAUAGCUGUUGUUAUUGCUUUGGUUCUUGUUUCCAUCGCUGCUGCUGCUGCUGUUGGGCAUGUGGUCUACAAAAAGAAAAUAGUUCGAGAUCCACUACCAUCAACCUCUCACGAGAAUGGCACUGAACUCACUGAGACUCUGAAUCCAGAGAUCUGAAGAAUAAUCCAUUGCUUGAUGUGAGAAUUCACUAUAUUUAUUCAUGUGAAGUUCUGUGAAUACUGUUUUUUGUUGUUGUUGCUAAUUACGUCAUGUAGAAAGGGGUUAAGAUACACAGAUACUGAGUAAGUGAAACCAGAUUUUUAUCUUUGCCAAAACCUGUUUGUGUUAAACCACAAACCUCAUUCAAGUUAAGACUUGUUUCCCACCAUUGUUAUCAGCUGCUCAGUUGUGCGUCUAAAAGCAAAUCACACACUCCAAGAUGAGCUCCUUUAGCAGAAGGCUCCUCUUACCCAGAUGUACCACAGAGCGCCACAGGAAAUCAUUCCUGCCUGUGGCUAUCGAUCUCUACAACGCCACCCUCAGUUAUCCUAACCCCCCCCCCCCCCCUCUGUAACUGUCAUUUAUGCAUUCUCUGCACUGUUCUUGCACAAGUUACCAUCACUUCACUUGGAUUCCCAAGGUGAAGUGAUAUGACUAUUGUGAUAUGGUAAUACCUUGUGUGGAAUGUUGUAAAUAUAUAUAUAACAAUGUGUGUAUUCUGGAGCAUGUAACAAAAGUAAUUUCCCCCUGGGAUUAUUAAAGUAUGUCUGAAUCUGAAUCUGAGUCUGAGACACGAUAGCAGCGAAAUGACAUCUUCGAUAGUAAAAGGUUGUACUGCAAGGGCUUUCUACUCUGGCUCAUCUCCUAAAUGUUAUCCUGAUGCAAGGUUACUUAGGAACUGCUUUCUGUUUGAUCUUCAGAAAGAAAUAAUUUAGGCACAAAGAAUACAUGUUUUUAUAUAAACAUAUUUUGUUAUUUUGGAUUCAAAUAAAAAAGGGACCA